AAUACCUUCGAUCAGUACUUGCCCUCCUUCUACAAUCCCCUCAUCCACCCGAAGUUUCGUUAUUGUCUCUGAGUGGAAAUUAGUGUCAAUCGUUCCAGUGCCAGUGGUAGUCACCGCUACACUCUGAUCGCCACCACUAAAAACAUAGCUAUAUAGGAAGUACAUUCAGUUCAAAAACUGGAUGUUCCCGAUUCAACCGAUAUACUUCCAAUUACAUCGCUCACACGCUCGCACACUUCCUCAAUACGUACAGUCAAAUCAAGGGGACGACUGGACCGGAACUCGUGGAAGGACUCUAUUGUAAGGUAUCUAUAACGUCUUCCUCCUCAUCGAUUUUGUAUUCCGCUUCUUUGCGUCUACCCAAACACGUGUAUGCUCUUAACGAUUUGGCAUCCUUCCCAAAGUUGUCUAAUGUCAAAGCUUCUUUCCACGUUAGGUUGGCGCUAUUCCUGACACGAGAUAUAAUUUACGGUGUCACUAAAAACCCUCUAUAGGCACCUGUGAAUAUGGUGCCCCAGCAUAAUCAGCCCGAGUCCCGGCUUGUCAAUCUUCCAUCCGAGCUAGUAGAACACACUCUGGUCUUCACAGCUUCCCUCGGAUUCCCUGAAGCCAUUGCAGCGGUAGCUCAGACAUGUCGCGACAUGCGUACAUUGAUCUAUGGUGCUUCCGAUCAACAUCUCUGGCGAGAGCUAUACCUAAUGGUUUUCGACGAUGCGAGGCUCGCAUUAGAUGCUGAUAGACAGGAUGGGGGACCUGAUCAGAUCCGUGGCCGUGACGCAGAUACUGACUUCGACUGGGGUGCAGAGUUCAGUCGACGCGUGUGGGCAAAGAAUUACAUUCAGAGGUGCACGAAGGGUCCAUGCCGUACACCGUUACCUCCUUUGGGUUCGAUUCAGAAUAUGGCUGCGGACCUCAACGCGCUGGAAGCAUUACUCUCUGCGGUUCACACUGCCGCGCCGUUUCCUUCCACGAUUGUUGUGCCCUUUCUAUUGCCUGAGAACUCGUCUCAACCACAUGCUGAUGCUGCUAUAUCUUCCCGUGCCCAUCCUAUAUUCCCUCCACCGCCUAGUGCAUACCUUCCGGAGUCCAGGUCUGGUGGUCCCGCGGCCUCUGGUUCCAACCCAGAUACACAGGCUGACGGAACCCCAUAUACUUACUCUCCAUCGCUCAAUAUAAGAUGGUUUGACGAAGUGCUAUCCAACGGUCUCCCACUGUCGCUCAGUGCGAGGUUGUCUAGUGUCAAUCUUUCUGGUGGACCGUUAGCCAUAUGGCCCGCCGAGAUUGAGAGUAGCAUGAUGAGGGCUCUCGGAAGGAUAACUGCGUUCGUUGGGUUCAAGCCCAUUCCUCUCAGCUGUAGCGGAAUUGAUCAAAUCGCGACACUGCCGACUUAUGCAACUGACAUGUUGCGACUUCCUACCACUAGGGUUGCCAGCGAGAACGUCAACGAAACUCAAAGCAACUCUGGCAACACUGCCCCAUCCGAAAGCGAAUCUUCUACUCGCGAAGAAGGUGUCCAGACCGACGCCAUAGCUACGGUGCCUCUGAACAUGAGCAUUGCAGCUCAGAAGACCCGUGCACGUCGCCUGGCACGUAUGCGUGUAUAUAAUAUGAAUUAUCUGGCUCGAGAACGACAUUGGGGACCUUUCCUGCUUCCUUCUUCGUGCAGAAGCAUUCGAUCUCCUGCAGCUUCGCCUGAUCUAAUGUUUACUACCUGUGUGGCGCAUGAAGAUGGACAUCCGGGUCAGGGCAACGGUGCUAGUAACAGUGACAGUGACGAUGAUCUAGCAGUACCCGGGCCCCCAUCUCCGUCGCAAAUGCAUGCUGAUUGGGCGUAUCUCGGCGCUGUGCGCGUCGUAGUUGAAGAGAAUUUACGAGCAACCAUUGGUCCUGAUGAACUAAGCGGGCUUUUGUGGUUGGAAGGGUUACGUCGCGGCGGUGUCCCGAAAGGAUUCGAUGAAGAUCCCCUAUAUGCUGACAAAGGAAAAGGUAAGCAACGGGCUAUGCAUGAGAAUGAAAUAGAAGGUUGGGACUGGGCUGGUGUUGACGGAAUCUGGAGACGAUGUGUCUGCUGGAUGGACUAUCGUGACCUGAUUCGUGAGCGUGAUAACCUUUCAAACGGUUUCAACGAUCCAACUCUCGAAGAAGCUACCAGAAUUGUCCCAAUGCGACUUCGUCCUGCAUAUUACACGCCUGCUACGAUUCCGAAAUAUGCCCAUAGACCUACAAUUCACCUUGAUGGCGAAACCGCUGGUCCAGCUGGGACUACUACCCUUCGGAAGAUUCGAGGUUCGGUAAUGAUGAUUGCGGAUGGAAAUAUACGAUGGACACUGGUAUGUCCCAAGAUGUUAUUGACUUGCCGUAAAAAUUUCAACACGCUGUCGAACAGUAUUCAUCCGCUGCUGAAGACGGUCCAAAUGAGUGGGUAACUGAAGGUGUUCAAGUUGGCUCCGUAAUGGGUGUCCUCGGUAUGUGGACCGGUGCCGAACAUGCAAAAGGAGACCCACUUGGUCCCUUCUGGGCAUGGAAAGUUGCUUAGCUAUGUUGCAUUUUUUGUGGUUGAUGUGAGAGGUUGGGGUUUGGUCUGCUCAAAGUAUUGUGCUAUAUUCCAUGUAUCUUUUGCGAAAUUAUGAUCUUCGGUGCUCUGCAACGUUGUACUAUCUACUUCAUACUGCUCUUAACUUUCCUAGUCUCCCACAGGCAGUAUAUUUAGAGUCUGAGGCAUGCAGGAUUUGAGCUGGACACCGUCACGGUAUUGCGGGCCGUCUUGCCGGAGGUAUACCACCCCUGUAUUCCUGACGGCCGCGGCUUAACCACCAGCAUUAG